AUGGGCGUCUUCUACGAAACCAUCCCAGAGUCGAUGAUCGAAUGGAUCCGGAAGCAGCACGUCUUCUGGGUCGCAACUGCUCCGCUCUCUGCAUCAGGCCAUGUCAAUGUAUCGCCGAAAGGUGGGCAGUACUUUGGUGUGCUUGACGAGAAGACUUUCUGGUAUCAUGACUUGAGCGGAAGUGGCAAUGAGACGAUCUCGCACAUCUACGAGAACGGGAGGAUAACGAUCCAGCUUUGCGCUUUCGAGGGUGGACCGAAGAUUGUGCGGCUUUGGGGUAAAGGACAGGUGCUUGAGAAUGGCACGAAGGACUUCUCCGACUUCGUCUCAAAGAACUCUGUUGAGCUUCUACCAGGAACAAGAAGCAUCAUCAUCGUCGACAUCCACCAAGUCGGCAGCUCUUGUGGCUUCUCGGUUCCGUUCUACGACUUCAAAGCGUACAGACCGGUACUCAACGACCACUUUGCCAAGAAGGAGAAGAGGUUCAAGGAGGGGAAGGCGGACGAAAGUAUGGACCACUACUGGGCAUACAAAAGCUCAUGGAGCAUGGACGGUCUUCCCGGCAUGAAGCGUGGUCUCAGCGCGGGGAAGAAGCACAAGGUGGAGCCUCUCAAGAAGAUGGUCGGGCCGUUGGCGCCUACACGCUAUCAUGCUGGUCUAGGCUUCAGCCUGUUGCAGACGUUGUUGAUUGCCUUGUUGGCGUUCAUGGUCGGUCUGGCGGUGGCGUGGUAUGGCGGACCCAUGAUCGAGGACGUCCUCAGCGGCGUCAAGUCGAGCCCGUUGGACCUGCACGUGCCGAAUUGGACGCAAGCGGCGUCUCGAGAUCGAUUGAGUGGGCUGUGGGCAACGCAUUGA